AUGGUCUCCCCCCUCUGGAAGGCGUGCUCUGAGGGCAGCCUCGAGAAUGUGGUCGAACUCCUCAGGGACGCGACCCCGCUCGAUAUCGAGGUCAAAGAUCACACCGGAUCCACCCCACUCAUCGAGGCCGUGAAGAGUGGCCACGUAGAGAUCGUCCGCGUCCUUUUGGACAAAGGUGCCGACCCUACGAAUGCUUCCAGCCAGGGUCCUCCGGAGUCGUACACCGCGGACCCAGUAAUCCACGGUCUCAUCGGCGUAGCUAGGAGCAAAAUGGCGCACGCCGCGGCGCAGUCGCAGGAGGUCGCCUACCCCCACGAUCAGUCCACGGAGUCUGCGAACAUGGAUCCCUCCACGGGAUACUACCCGCCACCUCCUCCUGGUGGCUACUACUACCCGCCCAUGCCCCCGCCCAUGAUGCCCGACGGUUCCGUGCCGUACUAUGCUCCUCCGCCCAUGGCCGACAGCUUCGGUAACCUCCCUCCGCCUGAAAUUGCUCGCAUGAUCCCCUGCCGAUAUUUCCCGGCGUGCCGCUACGGUGCCUCGUGUAUGUUCGCUCAUCCACAGGCUCCCUAUAUGCAGGGGCCUCCUCCCCCACAGUACCCCGCACCUUACGACCCCAUGAACCCUGGCCCCUACCCUCCGCCCACCUACUACCCUGUUCCGCCCACAUCCUACGGCGCGUCACCAAAUGGUGCGCCUAUGAACGUAAUGUCACCGACUCAGUCCUUUGCUCAUGCUAGAUCUGGUUCAGACGUGGUGUCUCCCAUCCAAGGCCCCUUCAGCCCUGUGAAUGGCCAGCCGCCCAUGCCUUUCGGCGUGUCCCCCGUUUCUCCUACCUAUGGCCACCCUGGACCUAUGCCCGGACAGGUCCCUCCUUUGUCUCCUCUCCAGACUCACCCUGCCAACGGACAGUCACCUCCGCCGCACGCGAUGUACCCGCCCAUCUCCCCCAGCGCGCAAGGCAUGGUCUCCCCUUACGCGAUGCCCACACAAUACCCGCCGCAAGGCAUGCCCAACGGCGAGGCCGCCGAUGUCGUCUCUCCGAAGUCGCCCGUGCACGGGCACCCGCAAGGAGAGGGCUAUGGGCCCGGGCCGAUGAAUAGGGAAGCCAUGACUCAUCACAGGCGAGGCAGCGCUCGCAGGCCAUCUUUCGGUGGUCGUGGAGGCAAGCCGCCUUGCCUGUUUUUCCCCUCCGGACGCUGCAGGAAUGGUGACGACUGUCGCUUCCCUCAUGUCAUCCCCGAGGGUCCGAUGGGUCACCAACCUUCGCACUUUGCCCCGCGCGGAGGUCCCAGGCCCCGCCCACCAUUCCACGCGCAUGUUGUGCCUGCGCUGGAGGAUAAGUUUGCGGCUUUGACGACCCAGGACGACAAGGGUCAGGCGCAUAGCCGUAACGGCACUGGCGGAACGACCACGAGCGAUUCGAGCCGCUCGCACUCGGCGGAUCCGGGCCAGAAAGGCCGUGCGCCUAACUUCAGACCCAAUGGCAACCAAUUUGCCAACGGCCCUCGGCCGGACAGGAAAUUUGCACCGCCCAAAGCUCAGCGUGUUCCCAACGCCGACGAAUUCCCUGUCCUUGGUGGUUCGUCGCCCACGUCGCGGGGCCCGAGCGUGAAUGGCUCGGUCACGUCUGCCUACUCCGGCCCCACGGCUGCCCAAGUCUUGCAGGCACCUGCUCCUCCUAGGAAGGACGCCCCCACCACUCGGGGUAACUCGCCGGAUCAAGCUUCACCCGAGGUCGCGCCCGAGACCAACGGCAUUGUCUCCAGCCCACCUGUUGAGUCUAUCAACAAGCUCCCUCUUUCUUUCGCCGCCGCCGCCACUGCCGUCCCCGAGACGAUCAAGGAGGUAUCCGUCUCCGCCUAA